AUGGCGGACGCGCUCGCGGGAACCGGCGUGAAGGUCGCGCACCCAAUAAAGAAUGCCGACCUUAGGGUUCGCGGCCUGGUCGACUCGACCACGCCGGCGGAGGUUGCCACAGCUGUCGCCCGUGUGGGAGGGUGCGACCAGGGGGAUGUGAGGACCAGCGAAAUCCGGUCUCCCCCCUCUGGUUUGGGCACCCUGUGGGUCCAGUGCCCUGCUGCGGCCGCACGCAAAGUUGCGGUCGCGGGCAAAAUCACGGUGGGCUGGACUCUGGCGACGGUGGAGGCCCUCAGCGCCCGGCCCUUGCAGUGCUAUCGCUGCCUUGGCCUGGGCCACACUAGGCAGCGGUGCACUGCGGCCGAGGAUCGUUCCGACUGCUGCUUUGGGAGGUACUUGGAACAAGAAUACAACAACCGUCGAGCGUUCGAGUGCUUGAACCGGAACAACAAUCUAACAACAUUGGACUACACGUGGUCCUCCCUGGUGCAACCUCACUGA